CAACAAUUGAAUAGAAUUACAUACACAUCUUCGCAGCAGCGGAAUAGCAACAUUUCGAUAUGCAAUCAGCAACAACAGCACCAAAUUUCAUCUACGUAUGAUUGGCAGCAGUUGCACACCGCAUUGGACCAGUACCUUGGUGUACAGGACUCUCCUCCACUAGGACAUCACCCGCACCAUCAGGUUACGUCCGGGCCAGGCAGCGUGAACGGGCACGAAGGAACAGCCCUUACCGCAACAUCGUCAACAUCACAAGUGAGCAUGUAUCCGCUUGAGCAGCUUCAGCAGCAGAUCAACCACGUCUUGGGCUGUGGGCCUCUGCAUGGGAUGGGCGGCGCCGCUAGUGAUACCCGAUACAGUACAAACACGACCUCUUCACCGGGAACUGGACCCGCUUGUACUGCACUCGGACAGCAGCAGCAGGUUGCUAACGGGGCGACGGGGCCGUCUUUAUUUAAUACGAACACCAUGGGCAACCCGAUGCCACCAAUGAGUGCGGGAACCAUGCAGCAGCAUCUGCAGUUUUACCCCGCGCCGCAUCAGCAGCAUCCCAGCUGCAACUAUGAUAUUUCCUCGCGUAUCUCUGGAAAGUCGGCGACGGAAGAGCUUCUGGGACCGGGUGGCCCGCUUUUCGGGAGUAACAACAAUCUACAGCAGGCUGGCUAUGGAAGUAACGGAUUCCCCCUGCCUGGUAAUUGUACAAGCGACGCACGCAGCACGCUAUCAUCAAAUCAAGCGCUGCCGGCUUUGUUCGCGGCCACUGGUGGUCCGGGAUCCCUUCAUCUUGGGCAUGCAGCGAAUCAAACGAAUCAAACAACGAAUAACAUUGCUCCCAACGGCGCGAUCGAGUCGACGGCCCUGGGAGUCGUUGGCGGGCCACUUCUCCCCGACCUUCCACCACCUAUGCCCCCGGGCUUUAACCACCCUGGCCCUCACUCGCAGGGUACUUUUGGCGGUAACACUGUACUUCCGCUUCCGGGGACAGCGCCAGAUCAUAUCAUGGAAGGCCUGCGAUCCGGCGCACCUGCAGGAUACGGUGCUCCUUUCGGCAACGAUAUUACAGCUUCUGCGGGUGGUAAUUACAAGGGUAGUAGCGCAGGGUUGCCGACGUUGCCUGGUGCUUCCUGGUUUCCGAUGGCUUCGCACAUGCCAAUGUUUCCGCCCGCACCGUCGUCCAUCAGCGGGAUGCCACCAGGUUUGAACUACCCCGCGCCAGGCCUGCAAUUUGCUGCUGCUCCAAUGCCACCCGUCUCAGACCAUCAACGCGGGUUAGCUACUGGAGAGCAUGGGACAGGCUUGGCCACAGACGGUACUGCAGCGCCUUCGGGUAUGCCUUCUUCCAACAGCAAUGCUAACCGCAAUAGCUACACGAAGAAAGAAGUGCCUGAUCUUGAUUAUGCGUUCACUGCAAAUGCACUCUCGCGCACCGUCAGCACUCCGAUGGCAAGUUGGAAUGGUAAUGCGGGGAAAGGGACGCCCGCGAACGGGAUAAGUAGUAGAGAAGGAUAUGGAUAUGCGGAGCCACAUUUGCGCAAGAAUGGUGCACCACCUAAAGUCCUUACACGAGAUCAUAAAAAGGCAACAGAAGGAGCAGGAGUGACCGAGCGUUCGUGGACGAACGUAAAUUUGAUUUCGCUCAUGGUACUUAGGAAAACGAAAACGACGACGUUGAUGUUGAAGUCAUUAUUUUUUAAUUUGCUUUGUACGUGUGCCUGACCCUGAGUAUACCUAAUCGUAACAUAAUCACAAUUAUAGAGCCAGCACGACACAGAUGAAAUAUCAUACGCAGAGCAGUUUAUAGCACGCGUGGCGCAUGGAGUGCAUGGAGCGCAAACCCAUAAGGGACGCAAGAAGCGCCCCCUUUAGCUCCAUGCGAUCCAUGCACUCCAUGCCGUGCGAGCGGGCAAACCUUAUAAGUUGCUCUGUCAUGAUAGAGAUGAGCGACGCUAUCUUUAUCUUCGACGACGCACGCACUUCGACCAACAAUUUUGCAACAUGAAUACAGGGAACACGGUCGGAAGCAAGAGGCAAAGGCGCGGCCACAGGUUCGGGCGGUGCAUUGCAGGAUAAGAGCCCUCAUGUGGUAGAAAUUCAGCGAUCGUCGCGGACUGACUUGCGAAAUGGCCUGCCUCCUCCACCUCGUAAUACAUCGUCUUAUGUCAUUGACAUUUUUAGGUAGCUGAAACUGAUACCUGCACGCAUGAACGCCAUGUUUUUCUGCUACGGGGGUCAAAAAUGAUCUGCAAGAUGCCGAUGUUUUUUAUGUUAUUGUUAACUUCAAUUAUCAAUGAAAAAAUUGAUUGUUCCAGGUGGCCGUCAUCCUCAGCCUCCGCCACCACCCCCGACACUUUUACAAGAGCAGGACAUAUCAGCCAAAAAAUCACCUUGCAAGGAUCCUCCGCCGGCACCGGCUCCGCUGCCACCUGGCAGUGCCCAAGCCAACUCCCAAGGUAGAUUGACUGUAGUAGAUGCAGCUAAAAAUAGUUUGUUAGCCUCAGCCUUACUUUAGGUGUGCGCCCUACAUGUUAUAGUGGUUGUAAAAGUGCUUGAAACAUGACAAUAGAAGCAGUGGCACCUAUCGUUACACUCAGACUCAUUAGCGUUCGAAAACGUACCAACAAAAUAGAGAAAAAACCACUAUGCCACUGUUGUACUUGAUAGGUUGUGAAGAUUGAAAAGUUUCUUUUUAUAUCCUCUUUUUACGACAGCGUCGAAGUACCAGAGGUUUGAGGCUGAUGGAGAUGGCAAGACUACGGUAAUGAUCCGUAAUAUUCCGAAUGUAUUAACGCAAGAUGAUCUCCUUGAUACCAUUGACCUUAUGGGCUUUGCGAAUAAAUACAAUUUUUUCUAUUUGCCCAUCGAUUUCUCGAGUAAGGCAAAUUGCGGCUAUGCGUUCAUCAACUUCUUUUUCGAGUGUGACCUCGAGCCUUUCAUGAAAGGCUUCCAUGGGAUAUCGCUGCACAGCAAAAGUCAAAAGGUACUACAGCUUGAACUUAAAGAUGAAGUUCAUGUGAUCCUGACGUUGAUCAAGGAGUCCGAAGCUUAGUAAGUCAGAUAGUACUUGUUGGUCACGGCUUUUAGACUCAGAGACGUAAACUUAAUGAGAGGAACAAAACGACAUAAUACAGAUAACGCAGUGUGUUCCAGCACAAUUGCAAGGGUAUCAAUCGAAUAUCGCUUAUUACCGAAACUCGGCGAUGAACCGAGACGUGAUACCUGCUGAGUUCAAACCAGUCCUCUUUGCGCCCGACGGUAUUUCUCCUCCUCGUGUUUUUGCAUUAUAUUUAGUUUGUUUCAUGCGAAGGCGAAGUGAUCCAUAAGAUUUAUCUACCAGCACAUUUCAAUUGUGCACAACAUAUCUGUAACUGUAACCUGUAUCAGGGAUAUUAGAAGCCUCUUAAAAACCUAGCCAACGCCUGAUUGCAUUGUUUUGCCCGUAAUAUCCAGGUGAGCGAUUACAGUUGCCGCCACCAGAUCAGGACUUGCGGCCAAUACUGCCGAAAAUGAAAAAAUCGACCACUGGCGGACGUGAAUCGGGUCGACAGGGUGAUGGCGAUGCUCCAUCGGGUGGAGGCUUUAAAAACGUCGCAGGGUACAGUCAGACUUCUGGAUCUGCGGGUCCUCCGCCCACGCCACCUCCACCACCGCCGAAAGCAGCCAGAGUUGGAACAUCGUACCAUCUAUUGUCUAAGUAAGUCAUCUACUCUAGUAUAAGUAGAAGUAAGAAGACCCGUGAGCACGAGAAGCAUGGGGUUGUAGUGAGGAGAUCAUCGAGAUCGACUAACAGUGUCGUACACGUGCUAUGGUUCUCAUAUGGAAGGUAGAACUAGAAGAUGCACUAUAUGGAAAAUGAAAUGCCUUUUUUUGUCAAUUCACAGGAGAUAUCAACAGAAGCGAGGAGCCGUGGGCUCCGGAGCAAGUGCAAAUCACCACGGAAGCGUCAGCGCAGCACCAGGCUAUAAUAACCAUCAGAGUGCUGACGCCGGCCCAGCUGCGUCGUCUUCUUCGUCCUCAUGCUAUUACGGCAAGUAUGCGACCACCGCCGCCAAUUCAUCCUAUGUUGACCAUCAACACGCAGAAUUGUCUUCCGGUGCAGCUACAGGGUAUGCUGCGACGCAUCAAAGCAGCAACCCGUCUGGCGCUGACCACAUGUACUACACCAGUUCAGCAUACCAUCAUGGGUCGACCACUGCAGCAAACUACUAUUCGUGGUAUGAGUCGGGGGCCUGA